AUGUUUGGUUUCUGUGGUUACGGUAUUUACGGUGAUGUCGGUAGAGUCAGUGGUAUCAGUGGUGACGGUGUUGGCGUGAAUAAAAGUGGCGUUUGGGUGAUGGUGGUGCCUUUCGGUGAUAACGGUGGUUUAGAUGGUUGCGGUGGUAGCGAUGAUGGCUGUGAUUGCGGUUGUAGUAGUUGUGGCGUUGAUGGCUGUGAUGGCGGUGGAGGCGGUGAUGUUGUGGAAGCGAUGAUAGCUGUGUUGGCGGUGUUGGCGAUGUUUUUGGUGGUUUCGGUGGUUGUAGUGGGUGGUGGUGGUGUUGGCGGUGGGGGUGGUGGCUGUGAUGGCAGUAGUAGCUGCGUUGGCGGUGGUGGCGUUUGA